CCAGGCUGAAGCAGUCGAACGCAGCACCAGCGAUCCAGUUGAGGGCGGCGCGGGACUGUGGCUCAGUGGGCUGGUCCUGGCCUGAGGCCUCGGCACUCGGUGGUAGCUCACUGCUCGAGUGUCGGCGUGAUCCAUGGGCAGUAGCCAGGGCCGCGAUGACAGACUACGGCGAGGAGCAGCGAAACGAGCUGGAGGCCUUGGAGUCCAUAUACCCCGACUCCUUCACAGUAUUAUCAGAAAAUCCACCCAGCUUCACUAUUACUGUGACAUCUGAUGCUGGAGAAAAUGAUGAAGUUGUCCAGACUACCCUCAAGUUUACAUACAGUGAAAAAUACCCCGAUGAAGCUCCUCUUUAUGAAAUAUUCUCUCAGGAAAAUCUAGAAGAUAAUGAUGUCACAGACAUUUUAAAAUUACUAGCAUCACAGGCUGAGGAAAAUCUUGGUAUGGUCAUGAUCUUUACUCUAGUGACAGCAGUGCAAGAAAAAUUAAAUGAAAUAGUAGAUCAGAUAAAAACAAGAAGAGAGGAAGAAAAGAAACUAAAAGAAAAAGAAGCAGAAGAAGCAGAAAAGCAAUUAUUUCACGGCACCCCUGUUACAAUUGAGAAUUUCUUAUGUUGGAAAGCUAAGUUUGAUGCAGAACUCUUGGAAAUUAAAAAGAAACGGAUGAAAGAAGAAGAACAAGCAGGAAAAAAUAAACUGAGUGGCAAACAACUAUUUGAAACAGAUCAUAAUCUUGACACAUCUGAUAUCCAGUUCUUGGAGGAUGCUGGGAACAACGUGGAAGUAGAUGAGUCUUUGUUCCAGGAAAUGGAUGAUUUAGAGUUGGAAGAUGUUGAAGAUGAUCCGGACUCCAAUCCUGCAGAUGCAGGGAGUGACUCCACAUAGUGAUGGAUGUCUCCAUCUACAGAGAAGCUUGACAGCCACAGCAUCUGUGGCUGUGCUGAAAAGGUUUCAUUUUCCUUUCUUUUUUUGUAAGAAAAAAUAAUUUUCAGGAGAAUAGUCUUCUGAUAACUUCAUCAUUGAACUUAAUAAACUGACCAUAACACUUCAUAUGUAAAAAGUUUACUUCCUCUUAUUGGAGAACAGAAGAUUACAUAUUUAACAUUAUUUAAUGUUGGAGGGAGGUUCUACCUAUAGCACCAAGACUUGAAGGUAGGCUGCUGCCAUGGUCAUAAAGGGGUUUAUGCUCAAGGAACUGGCCUUGUAAUGGUUACUUUUGGAUUCCAAAUAUUAUCUUCAUAUAAAGUAUUACAGUACUGAGAUAUAUAAAUAGAAAACUAAAUCUGGAUUGUAGCCUCUUAACACAGUAAAUUAAAGUUUUAAUGAACCAGAAGCCCAAAUUAUAAGCAGAUAUAAAAUGGACUU